AACGUCCCUGUGGGCCUCUCUGUGAGCCAGGGCCAUGCAUGGGCAGGGGACUAUUCAGUGAGGUGCAAAACACUGCUAUUUCCCAACCGCCGCGCGGAAACCAAGCAAAGCAAGCGAACAGCAGAGCUGGGAGCCGUGUCCGGUCAGCAAGGCCACCCGAGGAAUCAGGGGCCCCGGCACAGCCAGCACGUCCCCCCAGACCGCCAGAGCGCAUCGGAGCCAGGGGUAGGGGCCUCGCCACACACUCAGGGAGGAUUCACGACAGCACAGGACAGAGAGCCGUGCACUCUGGCCCCUUCUUUUCUGAAAAGGAGGCAUUCACUCCUGGAGCCAAUCAGCGUUCCCGCUCUCCGAGCGGUCUCCGCAUUCACCGCUCUGAGACCCGGGGCCGGGGUGCAGGCACGUCUGAGGCUCAAGAGGCAGAAUCGUUCUGGUCACGGACCACCCCAUGCUCAAAACCAACUGCCCGGCAGGGUCAGGCUGAUGGGCACGGCUCCUCGGGACGUGGUCUGCACACAGGCCUGUGGGAAAGACACCAGCCUGCCACCUGGGGCCCACCCAGGCCGCUUGAUCCAAGGACACUGGCACUCCAUACGCAGUUUGACUGCCUGCGAUUCUAACAGAGAAGCUGCUGUAGCUGAGGACAGCCCUCCUUUGCGGAGGGUCUGUAAGCUCCGCUCCUCUCCCAGCUUUGGGGGUCUCACGGGGUCAACAGGACAACAGUAGGGCCGGGGGGCGGGGACUCCGUCAGUCAAGUGUCCGAUUCUCGCUCUCA